UGCUUCCUUUUCCGGUCGACGAAAACGUCGUCAACAUGAGUGAAGGAGCGGCCACAAUCCGUACCAGAAAGUUCAUGACCAACCGCCUGCUGUCACGGAGACAGAUGGUGGUUGAUGUCUUACACCCUGGUCGUGCUACACUUCCCAAAACAGAAGUUCGUGAGAAGCUUGCUCGCUUGUACAAAACCACACCUGACCUCAUCUUCUGCUUUGGGUUCAGGACACAAUUUGGUGGUGGAAAGACAACAGGCUUUGGGUUAAUUUAUGACAACUUGGACUAUGCCAAGAAGUUUGAACCCAAAUACAGAUUAGGCAGACACGGUUUAUACGAGAGACAAAGAACUGCCAGAAAGCAGAGGAAGGAACGUAAAAACCGACAGAAGAAAGUUCGGGGAACAGCAAAGGCUAAAGUGGGAGCAGGCAAAAAGUGAUCUUGGAAGAUGGAGUUUGCAGCAACACUAUCUACUUGUACUGUAUUUCUGUGGAAAUAAAGCAGGAAAUGUGCUGUGGA